AUGACCUUGACGCUCUAUGGAGUGAAGAGAGAGAAGGAGAAAAGGGAUGGGGCUAAGAGAAUCAUUCGGGCCUGGAGGCAGCUCGUAUUGCCCUACGGCACCUCCGUGGUAAUCAUGCAGCACCCAGCCCACUGGGAUUCUGCAAUUCUGCACCUCCGAACGGCCCCCAAGGAGCCGCGUGAGAGAGCCGCUGAUUGGCUGUAUGCAGGCGCUGGGCUUGCGAUCGACCUGUUGGUGCAUUACGGUGCAUUUCAGCCGCUCAAGGCUUCGCAGGGCCAAGGCGCCAAGGUGUGA